AUGCUGUUUGCUAACGCAACAGGUGCUGCUUGUACGGCAGCAGGGCUGUUCACAGUCCUCGUCCUCUACGCAAUUCGCACCAUCUACACGAACCGUCUCCGUCACAUUCCCGGCCCUUGGUACACUGCCCUAACCCACCUCGUCCUCAAGAACCACACCCUCAAGGGCCGCCGCAUGUACUACGUUCAUGACCUUCACUCUCGAUACGGACCCGUGGUCCGCAUAUCUCCUCAUGAAGUCGCCGUCGCUGACCUGGAAGGCUUCGCCGCGAUCCACCGCAUCGGCGGGGGCUUUCUUAAGUCACCUUGGUACGAGAGCUCCAACAUGCCCGAGGGCGGCGAGGCGAGCAUCUUCGCCAUGCGCGACCCGAGGAAGCACGCCGCCAAGAGGAAGUUGCUCGCGAGGGUCUUCACAAAAGCAUACCUGAGGAGUGAGUGGGAGGGGGUCGUGAGAGAGAAGGUCGAGAAAGCCGUGGGGAGAAUAUACGAAGAGGCGGAAGACGGCGGCCGUUCCGACGUGUUGAAGUGGUUCACGAUGAUGACGACGGACGUCGUGGCUCACCUGUGCUUCGGGGAGUCGUUCAAGAUGCUCGAGGUCGGAGAGAAAAACGAUUACAUGAAGAUGCUGGAGCUCAUCUCGAUCCAGAACAUAACGCGCUACGAGCUCCCAUGGCUGCACUUCAUCCGCUCCCACUUGCCCGCCACGAAGUCGUCGACGGACGCCAUCGACGCGAAGACCGUCCUACGAAGCUACGGCGACCGCGCCCUAUCGAACCUCCGCCGGAACAGCGACCACACCAAGACCCUCUUCGCCAACAUGUUGUCCGCCGUCGACACAGGCACGGCGGACGAUGACGCCCACGAGAAGGAGGGAGAGACGCUCACGCAGGAAGCGAUGCACGUCGAGAGCCAGAGCAUGAUCAUCGGCGGGUCCGACACGUCGUCCAUCACGCUGACCUACCUCGUCUGGGCCGUCAUCAAACGGCCGAACCUGCGGGCGCGGUUGGAGGAGGAAGUGGCCGGCCUGGCACCGGACUUUGACGACGCCGUCCUCGAGACGCUCCCGCUGCUCAACGCCGUCAUCGACGAGACGCUGCGGCUGUACGGCGCCGUGCAGGGACACCUGUCGAGAACGGUGCCGGCCAGAGGCGCCACGCUCGGAGGGUAUUUCAUCCCGGGCGGGACGACGGUGGAGACGCAGGCGUACACGCUUCACCGAGAUCCGGACGCGUGGCCGGACCCGCUGCGGUUCGACGAGACGCGCUUCCUGGAGCCGGGCAGGAUGACGCGGAAGCAGAAGCUGCUCUUCUCGCCCUGGGGCGCCGGUUCGCGCAUCUGCCUCGGCGUAGAGCUCGCCAAGAUGGAGCUCCGGCUGGGCGCCGCCGUGCUCUUCCGACGUUGCGGGGGCCUGCGGCCGGCGCCGGGGAUGACGGAUGGAAUGAUGGAGAUGGAGAACUUUUUCAUGGUCAGUCCUAUUGGACACAGGUGCGAGGUGACUUUGGCCUGA